AUGGCCCUGUAUGGAGCUCCCGUCUGGGCGGAACAUCUUAACGCCCAGACCAGGGCGCUACUACGAAGCCCACAGCGAUCGAUGGCGCUGCGAAUCAUCCGCGGAUACCGCACCAUAUCCUGCGAAGCAGCGCUCAUCCUCGCCAGAACUCCGCCUUGGGACUUGGAAGCGCGGGUUCUGAGCGAAAUUUACUAUCGCACGGUGGAGUUUAAGCAGAGAGGAGACAGAGUUUCCCUUGAACUGACCACACGGUGGAGGCGUCAGGCUCGCAUAAUUAUAAUGCGCACUUGGGAGGACAGGUUGGCGACUCCAACGGCUGGACGUGCAGUGGCGGCGGCAUUUCGACCGCACCUGGAGACGUGGAUAACCCACUGCAAAGGCACCCUCACCUUCCGUAUGGUGCAGAUGUUUACUGGGCACGGGUGUUUCGGCCAUUACCUGCAUUGCACGGCUAGGAGAGAACCGACGACGCAGUGCCACCACUGCGAUCACGGAGACGACACAGCGCAGCACACGCUCGAGGACUGCCCGGCAUGGGCGGAGCAACGAGCGGUGCUCUGCGCAACCAUCGGAUACGACCUCAGUCUCCCGGCCAUAGUGACAGCUAUGGUUCGGUCGAGCCAAGGAUAUGACGCUAUAGCCGACUUCUGCGAGGCUGUCAUCUCGCAGAAAGAGGCUGCCGAACGGGAAAGAGAAGCGGACGUGGCUGCAGAUCCCGUUCGAAGACGGCGCGGAGGGCGCAGGCGCGCUAUACACGAACGCCAGCUCCCGCCGUAA